AUGAAUCUUAGCCUUAACAGAAAAUCAAUCAUUUUUAAAAAAAACUUUUUACAGGUAAUAGAUGGCAAAUUGAAUGACCAUUUUCCUCUCGUGGUAUGGCAGACUGGGUCUGGAACGCAAACAAAUAUGAAUGUCAAUGAAGUUAUUAGCAAUAGAGCAAUUGAAUUGUUAGGAGGAAAACUGGGGAGCAAGGAUCCUGUGCAUCCUAAUGAUCAUGUCAAUAAAAGCCAGAGCUCAAAUGACAGUUUUCCCACAGCAAUGCAUAUCGCUGCUGCAACAGAAGUGCAUGAAGUAUUAUUACCUGGACUACAGAAGCUUCAUGAUGCUUUAGAUGCCAAGUCCAAAGAGUUUGCCCAAAUAAUUAAAAUUGGCCGUACUCAUACACAGGAUGCUGUGCCACUUACUCUUGGGCAGGAAUUUAGUGCUUAUGUUCAACAAAUGAAAUAUGGAAUGGCAAGAGUCAAAGCAGCCAUGCCAAGAGUCUAUGAAUUAGCUGCUGGAGGCACUGCAGUUGGUACAGGACUGAACACUAGAGUCGGCUUUGCAGAAAAGGUGGCUGCAAAAGUGGCCACCCUUACAGGUUUGCCUUUUGUUACGGCUCCAAAUAAAUUUGAAGCAUUGGCUGCUCACGAUGCUCUAGUUGAACUCAGUGGAGCUAUGAACACUGUUGCCUGUAGUCUAAUGAAGAUAGCAAAUGAUAUUCGCUUUCUGGGUUCUGUCCUCGCUCAGGCCUAGGAGAAACUGCUCUUACCUGAGAAUGAACCGGGGAGCAGUAUCAUGCCAGGAAAGGUGAACCCUACCCAGUGUGAGGCUGUUACCAUGGUUGCAGCACAAGUAAUGGGAAAUCAUGUUGCUGUUACAGUUGGAGGCAGCAAUGGACAUUUUGAGUUGAAUGUUUUCAAACCAAUGAUGGUAAGCUUUACAUUUAAUCUUUGAUUUAUCUUGACUUUG